AUGGACAAAGUUUUAUCUCUACUUGUUUUAAUUUCGUUUGCAAUGGCCCAAGUUCCAAAUCAAAAGGAACGUGAUGCAAUACUCACUUUUCACUCAAACAAACGCGAACGCGUUAAACCACCAGCCAGCGACAUGCAGUUGAUGACCUACUCACAGGAACUGGAGAGGUCAGCCUUUAACUGGGUGUCUCGCUGCAAGUUUCAGUAUCCGGAUUCUGAAACAUAUCCAGAAUAUCAGGGUACAUCAAUGACUGUAGCCAUGACUGGUGGUUCUAAACCUAGUAUAAGAAACGUAAUCCAGAGUUGGUUUGAGGAAGAGAAAAAUUAUACUUAUGCAAAUAACAGCUGCACAGGACACUGCGGAGGUUAUAAACAGAUGAUAUGGGCUACUUCCAAUGAAGUUGGCUGUGCAAUGAAACUCUGCGAUAGAUUAGAAAGUGAUAUGCCAAAACCGGUUUACCUUGUGGCCUGCCAAUACAAACCACCGUAA